ACGCGCCGUACGUCGCCGCGCGCGUGCGCUCCUUUCCACGUGCGAAAGCCCCUUACUCGUGGGGUUCUGGACGCCGCAGAAACCUGACGCGCGCCGCUCUGCUCUCGCCAUGAAGCCAGGUUUCAGCCCCCGUGGGGGUGGCUUCGGUGGCCGAGGGGGCUUUGGUGACCGUGGGGGUCGAGGUGGAGGCCGAGGCGGCUUUGGUGGAGGCCGAGGCGGCUUUGGUGGAGGCCGAGGCGGCUUUGGUGGGGGCCGAGGUCGUGGUGGAGGCUUCAGAGGCCGUGGACGAGGAGGAGGAGGAGGAGGAAGAGGUGGUGGGUUCCAGUCUGGUGGCAACCGGGGUCGUGGUAGGGGAGGAAAAAGAGGAAAUCAGUCAGGGAAAAAUGUGAUGGUGGAACCUCACCGGCAUGAGGGUGUCUUCAUUUGUCGUGGAAAGGAAGAUGCCCUAGUCACCAAGAAUCUGGUCCCUGGAGAAUCAGUUUAUGGAGAAAAGAGAGUCUCAAUUUCGGAGGGAGAUGACAAAAUCGAGUACCGUGCCUGGAACCCCUUCCGCUCCAAGCUGGCAGCAGCGAUCCUGGGUGGUGUGGACCAAAUCCACAUCAAGCCAGGGGCCAAGGUGCUCUACCUUGGGGCUGCCUCGGGCACCACCGUCUCUCAUGUCUCUGACAUUGUAGGCCCGGAUGGUCUGGUCUAUGCAGUUGAGUUCUCCCACCGCUCUGGCCGUGACCUCAUUAACUUGGCCAAGAAGAGGACUAACAUUAUUCCUGUCAUUGAAGAUGCUCGGCACCCGCACAAAUACCGCAUGCUCAUUGCAAUGGUGGAUGUGAUCUUUGCCGAUGUGGCCCAGCCAGACCAAACCCGGAUUGUAGCCCUGAAUGCCCACACCUUCCUACGUAAUGGAGGACACUUUGUGAUUUCCAUUAAGGCUAACUGCAUUGACUCCACAGCAUCUGCCGAGGCAGUGUUUGCCUCUGAAGUGAAAAAAAUGCAACAGGAAAACAUGAAACCCCAGGAGCAGUUGACUCUAGAGCCAUAUGAAAGAGACCACGCUGUGGUCGUGGGUGUAUACAGGCCGCCCCCCAAGGUGAAGAACUGAAGGCUGCUUCUUCAUCUGGAUUGCUGAGAUUGUGUUGCUACUGUUACACUUGUGUUUUUCUAUUAAAAGACUCAUCCUUC